UAUCGGCUGACCCUGUUAAGAUUUCAAGUCAGGAUUUAUUUUUUUGCCUCAGCGAAAGUUUAUCUGUUGAACUUUGGAGCUUGAAUAAGUGGGAAGAAAAGGCACCAGUAUUUUUUGUACCGCAGUCACUGUUUAUAAAUCAGUGUAGGAUUUUACUGAACGGAAUUUUUUUUGAUAGUUUUACAAAUUGGAUACACGUCGCCGAAGUGAGUUUUUCUGAUCGUCUGCUCGAAGACAACGCCACGGAACCGGGAGAUACAAUAACUCAAGGAGAGUUACACUUCAGAUCUGCUCUCGAUCCGUAGCUGUGGAAACGUAUUUCUAUUUUGUUGGAGUCUUUAAUUGGUUUUUACCAAACGGGAUUUUCUACUUGGGACCCCAAAACGCGGGAAGUUUGUGGACGUCGCGGCUAGGUUUGAGAGUUGAGAAACCGGCAUCGUCGAGAGGAGGAAACUUUUCACCAUGGCUAAUUUAUUCUACCUCAUCACCGUGAUGGUGAUGGCAUUAGGAGAACUUGGGUUUGUAAACACGCAAUACCUUCCACCAAGCGGAAUGAACUAUAUGGAACAACAGCAACAACAGUACCAGUACGGAACAGGAGGAGGGGGUGGGGUAGCGGAGCCCAUGGCCAUACCGGUCAGGACGUCGGGCCUGCCCCUUGUAUCGACCGGGAAUGAGCUAGGCGCUGGAAUGCCACAUGUGUGCCCCUACCAGGAGCCCUCCAUGAUCGGACAUCAAAGGCCCUGCGUGAAAGCUUACACAAGAAUGGUGAAAGUAUGGAGGCCAAAUUGUGGCUAUUCUGGACAAUGGUGUGUCGGCUAUGAAAGGAGGACUGCAUACUACACUUCAUACCGUCUGGUUUAUGAGAACUCCUACGUCACACGCUACAAAUGUUGCCACGGCUGGUCCCGAUUCAACGGUGAAUCAGGCUGCAUGUAUCGUAAGUACACAUCAUUCAUGUUCAUUGAAAAGGUUUGA